UUGCAGUCGAAUGUGUCCCGCCCUCGGCUGAUGAAAGCGCACGCGGGGAUUGAGGAGCGCUUGUAUAGAAAAGUUUCAGUUUUGUUCAACUCGGUGCUAUAAAACAAAUUCCAAACAGUAUGUUCGCUCUAAGGAACACAUUUAUACACAGUCUUAAAACGGUCCAGUCUAUACAGGCAAGGAAUUUUACGGUGGGGAGGACAUGUCUAGCAUCUGUGAACUUGAAGGGACGCAGUUUUUUGACGCUGAAAGACUUCAACCCAGAUGAGAUCAAGCACAUCCUGUGGGUGUCUGCAGACCUGAAGCAUCGAAUCAAGCAUGAAGGACAGUAUCUUCCUCUCCUUCAAGGCAAAUCUAUUGCCAUGAUAUUUGAGAAGAGAAGCACUAGGACCCGCAUGUCCACUGAAACAGGGUUCGCUCUGUUGGGUGGUCAUCCAUGUUUCCUCACCCCUCAGGAUAUUCACCUGGGUGUAAAUGAGAGCACAAAAGACACAGCCAGAGUGCUGUCAAGCCUGACUGAUAUUGUGUUAGCCCGGGUGUACAGUCACACUACUUUGGAGCAGUUGGAUAAGGAAGCCUCUGUACCAAUCAUCAACGGCCUCUCUGAUCUUUACCAUCCUAUACAGAUACUAGCUGAUCUGCUCACACUGCAGGAGCAUUAUGGUUCUUUAAAGGGCCUGACAGUGUCUUGGAUAGGUGAUGGUAACAAUGUCCUCCACUCCCUCAUGAUGUCAUUGGCCAAAUUGGGUGUCAAUCUGAGAAUAGCCACGCCAAAGGGUUAUGAGCCAGAUGCUAACGUCACUCAGGAGGCACUGCGUCUCUCUAAACAGUUUGGGACAGAGUUGCACAUGUUUUCAGAGCCAAUGGAGGCAGCUCAGGGCAGCAAUGUGCUGGUGACAGACACAUGGAUUAGCAUGGGCCAGGAAGAUGAAAAGAAGAAGAGGCUAAAGGACUUCCAUGGCUACCAGAUCACCAUGCAGACAGGAAGUGUAGCUGCGCCAGACUGGACUUUCUUGCACUGUCUCCCACGAAAGUCAGAAGAAGUGGACGAUGAGGUUUUCUACUCGCCACGCUCACUAGUGUUUCCUGAGGCUGAAAACCGCAAAUGGACCAUUAUGGGGUUGACUGUGUGUAUCCUGACUGACUACAGUCCUCAGAUCCCUAAACUGAAACUGUAAUGUUUCAGAACUGAACUUCAGAGCAUGCAACACAGGAGUCCUUCAACAAUUCAGGAUCUCUUCAUCUUCAUUCAUUAAUUCACCUCCAGUAAUCACCUUAUCCUGGUCAGGAUCAUGGUCAGAUCUGGAGACUAUCCCAGAAAUAUUGGGCACAAGGCAUUAAUCCACACAGGACAGGAGGCCAUUGAAGGGCAUACCAAACACACACUUAUUCACAUCUUGGGGCAAUUAAGUGUAGUCAAGCAAUUUUGGGGAGGCGGGAGUAAACUGGAGUACUCGGAUAAAACCCACACAUACAUGAGGAGACCAUGCAAAAUUCUGCACAAACAGUAACCAGAGCUCAGAAUUAAACCCUGGACACUAACAUUACCUGCUCUGCCACCAUGACACCCUUCCUCAUUCAGAUAGUUGGGCUAUUACAUCAAUUAAUCUAAUGUUACAUGUUGGUCAGGUUAGACUUUUAGUUUGCAAAUCCAAAAAUAAAAGAUUUAAAAACUUUU